UCACUUGGCCGGGUAAGAGGCGGCUGCCGCCGGCCGACAGCACCCCCCGCCGAGCCCGGCUGUUGCCCGUCUCUUCCUGGAGAGGAGGAAGCGAGGCGGGCCGGCGGGCCAUCCACUCUCUCCUUCCAACGAGAGAGGGCGGCUUGUCCUCAUGCCAGCAGCUUCCUUCUGCUGGAGACCGCGGAGGGGAAGCGCUUCGGGCACAAGCAAGGCAUGAGCUCCAUAUGAAGCAUAACAAUCAUUGAUUCCGAAAGAGCGUAUCAAAGCACCAUCUACUUGAACAGCAAAAGAAGAAUGACAGAACAAUUUAACUGACUGUUAAGUUCUGGGACCACAGAAAAGAGCUCAAAAUGGCUCAGUGUAAAAACAGUUUUGUCCGUAUUCUUGAGGAAUGGUGUCUGCAGGAACCACCACUUGGCUGUAAGAAACACCAAAAUGUUAAGAAAAAACUGAGACUGAUACGAAUAAUGGGACUUUUCUUGGGUAUUAUGGCCAUGAGCACCUUUUCUCUUUCAAUGAGUGCCUUUUCCCAGUUGGAACCUUAUAGCAGAGAGACAAUCGACAAUCUAGAUAGCCAAACGUCUAAGCACAUGCAUCAAAGAACUCUGUUGGACUUCAAGGAACAGAAUCAAAGUGGCACUCCAGAUUCACCUGUUUCUAUGAAAUACGAAACUGGAAAUAAUAACCACACAGAACAUAAGGGAGAGUAUCCAGAAGAUCUCUUUUCUCUUGAGGAAAGAAGGAGGGGUGCUGUGAUCCUUCAUAUCCUUGGAAUGGUUUACAUGUUCGUAGCCUUAGCCAUUGUCUGUGAUGAGUUCUUUGUUCCUUCAUUGACAGUCAUCACAGAAAAACUGGAGAUUUCUGAUGAUGUGGCUGGGGCAACAUUCAUGGCUGCUGGUGGUUCAGCUCCAGAACUAUUUACUUCUUUAAUAGGAGUCUUUAUAUCUCACAGCAAUGUUGGCAUUGGAACAAUAGUUGGAUCAGCAGUAUUCAAUAUCCUGUUUGUAAUUGGCAUGUGUGCUUUAUUUUCUAAAGAGAUUUUGAACCUUACCUGGUGGCCACUGUUUCGAGAUGUGAGCUUUUACAUCAUGGACUUGAUAUUGCUAAUCAUUUUCUUUUUGGAUAAUUUCAUUAUGUGGUGGGAAAGUUUAACACUGCUGAGUGCUUAUAUUGUCUAUGUGACCUUCAUGAAAUUCAAUGUGCAAGUAGAAGAAAUAGUGAAAAACUUGUUGAGCAAGAACAGCAUGGAGAAAGUAUCACCAGAACCUGAAGUAAAGUCUAACACCGGGGAAGACCAGACGCUGACGACUAAACCGCGUCUCCAGCGGGGUGGGAGCUCCGCUUCUCUCCACAACAGUCUAAUGAGGAACAGCAUUUUCCAACUUAUGAUUCACACCCUUGACCCACUUGCUGAAGAGCUUGGAUCAUAUGGAAAGCUAAAAUAUUAUGACACAAUGACUGAAGAAGGAAAAUUCAAAGAAAGGGCGUCAAUUCUUCAUAAGAUGGCCAAAAAGUGCCAGGUAGAGGAUGGUGGAAAACGGAAUGGAAGUGCUAACCAUGCUGAAAAAAUUGAAGUUGAAGUGACACCACCAAAUGAUGGACCAGUGCAAAAUGGAACCGCUGUUGGUGCAGAGGAGGAGGAGGAGGAUGAAGAUCAGCCACUCAGCCUGGCCUGGCCUGACACCCCACGCAAGCAGCUCACCUACCUGAUCAUUUUCCCCAUUGUUUUCCCACUAUGGGUUACCCUGCCUGAUGUCAGAAAUCCUUCCGCAAAGAAGUUUUUUCCAUUAACAUUUUUUGGAUCCAUCUCCUGGAUAGCAGCAUUUUCUUACCUAAUGGUUUGGUGGGCGCAUCAGGUUGGAGAGACCAUUGGCAUCAGUGAAGAGAUCAUGGGCUUGACCAUCUUAGCCGCUGGCACAUCCAUCCCUGAUCUAAUUACCAGUGUUAUUGUGGCACGGAAAGGACUGGGGGACAUGGCAGUGUCCAGCUCUGUGGGAAGCAACAUUUUUGACAUCACAGUGGGCCUUCCUCUUCCAUGGCUCCUCUACGCUUGCAUCAACAGUUUCAGCCCAGUGGCAGUGAGCAGCAACGGGCUCUUCUGUGCUAUCGUCCUCCUCUUCAUCAUGCUGCUCUUUGUCAUCCUCUCUAUUGCGGCCUGCAAGUGGAGGAUGAACAAAUUCCUGGGCUUCACCAUGUUUGGGCUUUACUUUGUGUUCCUGAUCAUCAGCGUGCUUCUAGAAGACCGGAUCAUCAUGUGCCCUGUGACCAUCUAAUAGGAAGAAGGUGCUGCUUCCUGAGCAAGAGCAAAUCAAGAACAGAGCAGAGAAACAUUCUUGCAAUAUGAAAUAAAGGUGUCUUUCGAAGCCCCUGAUUUGACACAAUGGAGAAAAGAGGGGCUGAAGUGCAGGAGUUCAGCUGAUACAUCCACUGCUGUGAAACAAGCAGCUGUGUGUGCAAACUUUGGCUGGCUGCUUUGGACACACUCCUGGGAAGGUUUCACUGCUUGAUUGUUGAAGGUAUUGUGCAUGCAUUGUAUCCCAGUGUUCAACUUAUUAUAUAUGCUACACUUAGGAUCUGUUUCCAUGUACCUUUUGCUCUCUGUUUAUGAACAUAUACAUGCCACACAAAGAGAGAGCAGUAUCUAUAAAUAUUCAGGGAAAUGUUGUUAUCCAUCUUUUGGGAGAUCCAAAUAUCCUAUUUGGGAUUUUAUCUGUUCAUAUCAGCUGUUGGAAGGAGUUAUCCAGUACCGUGAUGGACAAGAGAAAAUGAUCCAUGAAUAAAGUUCAAGUGUAGUUUGCACCGAUAUGGACAGAGAUGGUACCCUUUAAAGAAAGCAUGUGAAGCUUUAAAGUAAGGUGUGUUGGUUUCCCCAAAGUGUGAGAAAGAAGUAACAAGUGAGGUGAUUGUCUUUAUGGGCUCAGUAAGAUUUUUGAAAAGUAUGCAGUUCAGAUACCUGCAUCUCCUGUAUUUUCAAGACUUAGGGUCACAAGAUGUUCACAGAUACACUUUCAGCUCUGCAUUACUACACAAUCAAAUGAUUGUGUGUGAGAGAGAAUCAUGACAGAUCAAAUUUAACAGGGGUUGCAUAUCAUGUCGUAUGAAUACCUGUCAAUGGAGGUAGUUUGCAGAUUCAGCUGCACGUUGUCAGCUGAUUAUUAAUUAAGUGAUGUGUCAUCCAGGCCUGGGACCAAUAAAGAACUUGCCUGACACUUGUUUCUAGAAGGGUCUCUGCAUUUUGGGAGAUGUGGUCAUCUCCAUGUAGGCUGACCACAUCUUUAAAAAGAUCUGAGAUGCUUGCAGGUAAAAACCCACCCUAAGGAUUUGAAGUCUCUUUUACCAUCAUCACAUCUGCAUCUAAGUAGAAAAUACAGCUAAAUCAAUAAACUCGUCUUGAUAGUGCAGCGAUACUGUAAGAAUAUUAAACCUAUAAAAAUGCUUUUUCCAUUA